AUGUCAUCACCCUCUAAAGCUCAGGGUAACUAUGGCAACGACGUCAUUAACCCGCUAAAGCUCAGGGCAAUAAUGGCAACGACGUCAUCACCCCCUAAAGCUCAGGGCAACUAUGGCAACGACAUCAUCAACCCCCUAAAGUUGUGUGUUGUGUUUAAUCAGCUCCCAGAGGACAAAGUGAGGAGGAGGAGGAGUCUGCAGGAGGAAGAGGAGGUGAAUGAGACGAAGGAGGAGGAGUCAGUGACGCCUUUAGCUGCACUUUACCUGCAGGGACAGAAGAAGAAGUUCUACACUCUGGACUGUGCACACGGAGCCAAAUGUGUGACGUUUGUGUGUCCGUUGACCAACAUCAACAACUCUGCAACGCUGACGCUUCAAUCCAGACUCUGGAACUCCACCAUGAUUGAGGACUUCAACGAUGCCACGAUGGUGUUGGUUCAAGGACGAGCAACGCUGAAACUGAAGACGAAGAACCAGAGCGUCAACAUGGAAUCACAGACAACCGAGAUCCAGGUCCUGGUCUACCCAGAGGCGGGGCAGCAGCUGGACUCUGGCGCCCCCCUUUGGGUCAUGGUGGUCUCGGUCCUCGCCGGGAUGGUCCUGCUGGCUCUAAUCUGUCUGUUGCUCUGGAAGUGUGGUUUCUUUGUGCGGAGGGGGGCGUGGCAGGAGGCGGCGCUCCACCAGGGGAGGAUUAUGGGUAAAGACGAGCAGCGUCGGCAGCGGUACACCGAUGGUUUCCUGAUUGAAGAGGAGGCGGAGUCCACGAACAGGAAGAGGAAAAAACACUGGGUGACCACGUGGACCGAGGCGUCCUGAGACGGGAGGCAGCUUCCAUGGAAAUGCCUCUGUCUACCAACCAGAAGAAGCCCCUAUGUGUCAUGUGAUCAAUAUUAUAUUUGAAACACGUUCAACUUCAGCCGAAUUAUCAACAGGAGCAAACAUGGGAACUGAUGACUGGCUGUCGUCAUGACAACGAAAACAUCCAGUCACUAAACAGUCCUGAUCCACCGGCGUUAAGAAGCACUGUUCAAAAAAAGAAAAAAAAAAA